AUGGUUCUAGUUGAUCAAUUCUGUGUUUACCGGUGUUUGUCAGUUGAAAAGGUUGUUAUUGUGUGGUCGUACAAUCAUCGGCAUCCCAAUUCAGAAUCACAAGCAAAUGCGGAUUCUGAACCUUCGAAUGUUUCUGAAUUAAAACGUCAAAUAUCUUUGUUGAAUGGGCUCAUUCAGUUUUCCGAUGACAAUGCACAAUCAACACCGAAGGAAUCCCAGAAGACAAUGUCUCAGUCUUGGAUGAGCCUGUCCCGGUCGAUGGUACUUACACCUCCUCGUCCGUCGUCCCCGCUUAUUCACGUUGACACUUCAAAAAGUUUACGCUUAGUCCUUCCAUUUUCCCCAAGGAAUGUUGCUGCCGUUGAUUGGCAAUGCACUUUUCAAGAGAGCGAUGAUGAUGACGACAGCGAGUCUGAUUGCACCAGUUCAAGUGAGAAUUCCAAUGAACACGACGCUAGUCAUUCCCCUUCACACGCCUCCUUUCCGUCCCAUGGACUGUACAUUUACCUCUCGGUGUGCAAACCAAGCCCGAGUGUCUUUGUGCUGAAUACAACCAUUCAGUCACUAUGCAACCAAUUUUUCGUUACUAAUUUUUCCUUUUUACGAUCAUAUCAUAAUGGCACACUGUCAUCUCAUGAAGUGCGUUGCCUACAACAUUGGUGGAACCAGCGGUUGUCUCCUUUAGAAUGUGGCGGUUCCUUGCUUCGCAGUUUUCAAGCCGUUGCUGUUGAGAAGGAUUCGGCAGAUACCAGUAGAAGCGACGCGAUUGAGCGUAUUCUUGAGCAUGGUGCUCUCCCAUGGUAUGCCUUUUAUGUUAUAAAAGUACGUGCAGGACAACCAGUAGUCCAAAUGGGAAAAAUGCGUGAGGGGUAUGCAAACGAUGCCCAGCUCAAUGCAUUAUUUGAGUUUUGUGCAUCUCAAUAUCCAUUUACGGCCAGCACCAUGUCCUCGCUGUGGCCCGACGUUGCCCUCCAAAUAUCAGGCAAGUUUCGAAAAGCUCAACUGCUGUGCAUGCGAGUGGGCAUUGAGAAACGGGAGCUACUAAUUGUGCUCCGCCCGGCAGAAAUUGCCCAAAGUCAGCUGCAAGUCAAGAAAUCUUUAAUGACAGCUGAACAACAAAGUGACAGAGAACGACCUUUACGACUUGAAGAUGAUAUAAUGAUACAGCUACGAGCACAGCUGCAAGUGCUACAACCCUCCCCUCCUGUUACAGGACUGCCCGGUUGUUUCCCCGAGAGCGAAACCUUUUGGGGUUUACUUGUUCACCAUCCUACAUGCAAGGCGAUUGCCAGGCUCAACUUCCCGACCGUUGAUGCUCAUCAUCUCUGGGAAGUAUUGGAGAACAUUCAAAUGUCCAAACAGACAGAGCACAGCGAGCGGUUAACAGUUCGAAGCCGUCGAGGCUACUGGAUUCUUCGACAGGUAAUCGCACCCUCUGAAGACAGAAGUGAAUGGUCCACCUUUGCCAAUCACACCGAGCCUGUACUGCCGUUAUACACAAUCCUUCUCAUAACGAAAACGAAGACCUUUGGCACCGUAGAGCAGUUUCACCCGAAGGCCCUUCGCUACCUGAACACGAUCCUCGACUGGGUUUCAACUCAGAAACACGCAUGA